AUGUCUGCAACUAUUAAUAAUAGAUUGGCUGUUGUUCCUAAUAGAAUGACCUUACAAUUAAUGGAGAAUCGUUUGAAUAGUGCUAAACGUGGUCAGUCGAUGCUUAGCAAGAAAUCAGAUGCUUUGAGAAAUAAGUUUUAUUCGAUUGUGAACGAAAUCAAGGAAGAAAAGGAAGGAAUGACAAGCUUGUUUCGAAAAUCAUUCUUUUCAUUGACUGAGGCAAGAUAUAGUGCUGGAGAUUUAUCAUUUGCAGUUACUGAAAGUGUUAAAUCUGCAGCAAUAAGAGUCACAAGUCAUAUGGAAAAUGUGUCAGGUGUCAAAUUUGCUGUAUUUACACAAGUUGAUAAUCAAGAAGAUAAAUUGCAAAUGAAGAAAUCACCUUCAAGAACCCAACUUUCAUUCCUCUCAAGAGGAGGUGAAGAAAUUCAAAAUUGCAAAUUGACAUUUUCUGAAACUCUUCACAAAAUGAUUCGUUUAGCAAAUUUGCAAACAAGUUUCAUUUCAUUGGAUCAAGCCAUCAAAUCAACCAAUCGUCGUGUUAAUGCCUUAGAAAAGAUCAUUCAACCAAAGAUUUCCAAUACCAUUUCGUAUAUUAAUGAAGAAUUGGAACAAACUGAGAAGGAAGAUAUUUACAGAUUGAAGAAAAUUCGUCAAAAUAAGAUUAAGCAAGCAAGACUGAAGAAAUCAAACUCAUCCACUCCAAGAAUAUUGCGCUAA